UGUAUCCUCAUUGUCCAUAUUGCAUUCUUGACCCUCCCAGCCCCAUCACCAACUUUGCCAGUGCUCGCGACGACGAGAAUAUGGUAGCGCCCAAGGACGAAGGAGGGGGGAGGACACGGAGAGGGGCGCUGAGGGGAGGACACGGAGAGGGCCGCUGGGAGCGGGGGAGGAAGGCCCUCGAGAAGGGCGGGGAGACGGAGAAAAAGAAGAAGAGCAAGAAGGGGGACGAGAAGGGGCCGCGGCACUUGUUGGCGGGCAGCUUCGAGGCGGGCGAGAGGGCGGGGAGGGGGCACGUGCGCGCGAAGAGGAGGUGGCACGAAGAUGUGGCGACGUUCGCGCGCGACGAAGGGCGACGGGCGUGCACCAGAAGGAAGAGGGGGAGGCGGGGGGGAGCAUAGAGGCAGGCGGGAGGGACGAAGGAGAGGUGGGAGGGACGAAGGAGAGGGGGGGAAGACAGAGGAGAGGCGGGGGAGGACGUGUCGGGCGCGUCGUCGUAGACAGAACACUUUGUAUCAUGUAGUUCUGCUAUACAUUUUCGUUUCCCUACCCUACGAGCCAGCGAGGCGGCGUGAAAGGGGGAGGGGGGUGCUGCGACGCGGCGCGAAA